GCUGCAUUAACACUCCGUACCAUUUCACGCAGUCCGGCGGCGUGGUGAGCCUUGAGGGCUGCAAAGCCAGUCGCGAAGGAGGUGGCAUUUUCUCGCGUGGCAACAUUCCGAUGGAGGAGACGGCCACGCUGACAAUCCGUGACUCGCAGGCAGAGAGAGGCGGAGGCAUCAUGACGACGUGGAUCAACAACAAGGCAAGGGGUUUAAAACCUUUGAUGCUGGAAGCUUCCCUUUGCAAUGUUUCUCUCCGGCUCCUAUCCCUAAUACCCCGGGUGGAAGACUAG